UCAUAUUUACUUUAAGCAAUCACGUAAUUGCCGGUAAUCCUUAUGAUCUAGAAAAUAUAACUUAUGACUUAGAAACCGGUUAUUAUUAUGAUUAUCCAGUUGAAGUAUAUGCAUUUGACGCAAUUCAUACUAAUGGACAGCUUGUUCCUAAGUUCUUUCCCUUUAACCCUAUAUAUAUAUUUCUUAAAGACAUUCACGAUGAUAUUUCUAAUGUUUUGCAACCAAAUAUUAUUGAUUUUAUUCCUGGUGAUAAAGGGUAUUCUGAUCUAAAACAAGCUGUCAUAGUCAUUGGUAACAAUGAGAAGGAUCCUCACAUUACAUCGUAUGAAAGUCUGAAAAGACUCGUUGGCUUCUCCGCUGAAUUGACCUAUCCUGACGAUGGUCCAGCAAAGUUUGGUUAUUAUAAUGGUGGACCUGUUCGUUAUUUUGAUUUUGGUAUAAAUCCUAUUGGCAAUGCUACUGCACCUAUCUAUCAUGUACUCGAUAAAAAUUACGCAACAAUAUCCAUAUUACCUAGUACAAUUCCGGGUUUUAAAGAUUAUAGUGCUAUGUGGUCCGUUUUUAAUAUCACUGUCAUUAAAUUACCAGAGAAGAAAAUAACUUCACUAGAUCAAGUAUCUGAUAUUACACCGAUAUAUUCAAAUAAUUUGGUUAAUUGUCCAAUUUCUAUAAUAUCUCUUAAGAAGCGCUAUGAGUUUUCUAUACUUGGUACUUUUUACAAAAUGAUCGCAUAUUGGUAA